ACGUUCCCGAUGUUGCGAGUUUUACCAGCUUCGUAUAGCUACCGUUUCGCCGAGCUUCUACUUGUAAGAUGAACAAUUCGCAUCGUGAACGUCCUACGCUGUCACAGUCGCUAAAAAUGAUCGACGAACCUGAGCAUGAUUCUCCUCGAUAGAACCAAACGGCCUUCGAUCGUUCCGAUGAAAUAAAUCUAAACGCCUAAUACAUCGGUAGCAACGAUGUUGUGCCGCUUCGAAAGGAAACGCAUCGAAACGGCUUGCACCGACGAACGACGAUGAUGACUCCGUGUUAUUCGAGCUAAGAAGCAUUUCGGCGCGGACCCCUCCUUACGCGUGCCGUUAUGGCAUACACAUGGAAAAUUUCGCAACGCUGGAACAAUCGGACAUGUGACAUCCUAAAAACGCAGUCGUAACGAUUUAGCCGAAUCAGCAGCCGGUAACCGUCGCAGAAACCUGUCACCGAUUAUAUUAACAAGGUCGAUCACGAAUCGAUCAAGCGAGAAUCAUCGGUACGCGGCUUUGCCGAUGACCCAAUGCCUACGCGAGUUCCGGUUCAUAAAAUUUGGAUAGGCGAGGAGUCGGGCGAAUACAUGCAUACUUGUUAGAAAUAAAUUACGGCAUGGAUGCGUUUGUAGGAAAAACGUGGAACGUGGAGAACGCGUCAAGUAUGAAACGACGAAAUGGAGACAAGAUGGUUUCAAGUUCGCUUCUCAUUGAUACCACCGGGGUCCCGUGAAGCAAACGAAGGCGAGACUCGUUCGGGCCACGCUCGAUGUGGUCGAUGCGAAAUUGACGGUGGUGCGAUCGGAGCGAGCCUCGAUGGAUCGUGUCCUUCGCGAUCGAACGUCAUGUGUAAAGCGUUGCGCCAUUGGCCGAGAUGCUGACAAGCCCCCGUCGAGCCCCUGAACUUCUGACUCACGUGCGUCUCUCUGUCGUCGGUGCUGUUGGGACGUCCGUGGGAGCGAGCCUCGCGAAAAUUUGAAACGCGAAAACACGUAAACUCGAGAAUUACUCGCCGCCGUACCGCCCCCCCGUCCCGCGACGUUUUCAUCGUCCACGAUCUCGGUCCGGUCGGUCCCGGUCCUCCUCUACGAGACGCAGACGCAGCUAUUUUUUUCCACUGAAUCCUGAAUCGAGCAGCGGAGGUAGCAUGAAAUUAACCCCAUGAACGAUCUUCGAAUCGGCCGACGAAACAGGAGAAACACUUCCCCACCCGCACUCCGCCGCAGCAGCUACUAGGCUCAGUCGGCCUAUAUAAACCCGUGGCAUCUCGCAAGUCUCUUCAUUCUAUACGAGACAGUUAGGCCACGUAUAAAGUUGGAAGCACCACGGGACAACGCGUUUGUCGCACGGUACGAGAGACACCGACGAUUCUGGAUCGUUUGCGCUUCGACUCUGCGAAAACCGACGACGAUCGUGCGGAAGGGCCAGAGAGACAGCUUCGCGUGGAUCACGAUCGUUCCCCGAGAGGCAGCGACCUUUCCGCUUUAGCUGUUGGGUCAGUGCGCGCGGCACCCUCGCGGUCUCCCUCGAGGUUCACACUGGGCAAAACGGAAGAAGAGAGAGAAUUUAAGAUCGACUGGCAGAAGAGGACCAUCCGAAACCCGAAGACUGACACCGAAUUCCACGUCUCGAAACUCGUCAACUUUUCGUCGAGGAAAUCGCGAGCAGUCGAUCUCGUAUCGAGAGCAGGAUGAAGCUGCUUCUUUUAGCGGCUCUAUUGACUGUCCUCGACAGCUUCGUCGACAGUGCGGUAGUCAGAUCGGAGGAGUUCUCCGAACAAUUACAAAAGAUCGUGAACAUGCACCCGGACAACGUACGAACACAACGUUCGACGGAAAACGACGAACGUCCAGUAAGAAACUGUGACGAAAAUAAUCCGUGCGGCUGGAUGUCUUAUUAUUCGCCCACCAGAAGGGUUCACAACGAUUUCAUGGCAAACACGUGCAAAUGCCCAGACGAAACUUACAAGUGUGUACGCUCUGGCGAAAGCAUAUCGACGAGAGCGUACGUAUAUCAUUGUCGUCAAAACACGACGGCGGACGAUAUCGAGGGCGAGACCAGCGAAGAUACCGAUUACGUUAGUUAACGAAACACACCUUCUCGGCCGGACAGUCGUCGUCGUCGUCGCCGCGCGAUCAACGAAGGGACGAUCAUACUACGUACAUACGUGACUCCACCGGGUCCGGGGAUGCGUCCACAGGUAUACCAAAUACGUGUGUAUAUCGUAUCGUAUCAUCGACCAGCGCCCGCUGCCGUUGAACGGAGCGAGAAAAUCAUUCUCCAGUCGCUUGUUAGCUACUCGAAAGAGCCUGACAGAUUUUUAGUAUCAAUAAUAGCUGCGCCUAGAGGAAGCGAUUGCUCGUAAGAUAUUUCUUAAAAAAAAUUCGCCUCACUCCUGGUUUCACUGAACGUGAUACAGUUUUAACAAUCAUUUCGGUUUACCUGAACCACGUACGAGACGAGUCGUCGUAUAAACAGCGACACGAAUGUCUCUUCUCUCGGUGUGCGUCCAGGUUCGGCUGUUCUAGCCUAAAACAGAAUAACAUGCAUCAUUCAUGCACUUAACAAACGUUGAUCGUCAGUUUCGUUUCAUCGUACAUUUCCUAAUGUGAAACAGUAGGCUAGGUAUAUCGCAUCUUUUCAGUCCGUUUGCUGUAAACUUUCUAACCAGUCAUCGAAUAACGAAUCUUACGAUUAGUAGCGGCAGUGUAAUUACACGCAAUCUAAUUAUUCGGAGUCUGAGAAGUCAGUAAUCGUUUAAUAGUCGAAACGGUGGUUCGCGGGACAUACUUGAUCGGAGUCAGGCUUGAAAAAAUUUCUUGUUCGAACGUUACUCGUUCUUCUAUCGAUACCGAUCGAUGAACGACGGUUCACUUCGACGACGAUACAACGACAAACGUGCCCGUUUAUCCGCGCGAAACAUGCUGUACAGUAAUUUGAUUAUUGCUGUACGCAGCUGUACAUUACGCCGUGCCAUGCUUCGACGUAUACGCGCCCAUACGCGCCUUCGAAUCGUUAGACGUAGCGACGGUGGCGUGAAUCAGUAUAAGAGAAGUUGCAGUAUCUCGAUGAAGCACGAUCCAUAAUUUUGUAAGAGACUAAUUGCUUCGAAUAUUUUUCGUUUCUCACAUUCGAUCGUCCCUAUUUGUACGUUAUUCCUAUAUGUAUGUAUAUACGUGCAAUAGUAAUGCGCGUUAAACCGCGCUCAUUCGCUCGAAACACACGUGUGAACUUCGCACACACGUGUGAACAGAAUACGUACGUGUUGGAUGUUCGCCUGGAAACCUCAGGUCUUCUUCGUACAUACUUUUGUGACGGUCAACGUCUCACGAUUGACGAUUGUCAUCACGUGUUACGCGAUUGCUUUUCAACGAUUUAGAACGAUCAUCGAUAAAGAUAUUGAUUAAGAACAAAGAUAAUAAUGAACCAUCACUCAUAUAGAUCUUACCGUUAACAUUGUCUCGUAUUGCACGAACUCUGCGUAAACGUAUCUGCUUACGUACUUACGAUUGCAAAAGAACGUGUAGGAAAUAGCACAGGCAAUAUGUAUUCGUAUGCAGUAUUUCAGUUAUUUAAUGCGGGAUAAAUUAUCUAAUGUAAUUGUACAACGAUCAUCGGUGUUAUGAUUUUUAAUAAAACUGAGCAACGUUCCCAAAAACAAAA